CUGGCUGUUGGAGGAGGCUGUGAAAAAGGCACAAUGAGCAAGAUCAGUGACGUCGUGAACCGGGCCCGUGAGGCCUUUAACACAGGCAAGACUCGCCCGCUGCAGUUCCGAGUCCAGCAGCUGGAGGCGCUGCGGCGCAUGAUCACCGAGCACCAGUCUGACAUCACGGCUGCGCUGGCCGCUGAUCUGCACAAGAAUGAAUGGACCGCGUACUACGAGGAGGUGGGCCAUGUGCUGGAGGAGAUUGACACCACAAUUAAGAAGCUCCCCGAGUGGGCUGAGGAUGAGCCGGUGGAGAAGACCCGCCAGAUCCAGCACGAUGAGGCCUACAUCCACUCGGAGCCCCUGGGCGUGGUCCUCAUCAUAGGUGCUUGGAACUACCCCUUCAACCUCACCAUCCAGCCCAUGGUGGGCGCCAUCGCUGCAGGAAAUGCAGUAGUCCUCAAGCCCUCUGAAGUGAGUGAGAACACAGCGGACCUGCUAGCCACACUUAUCCCUCAGUACCUGGACAAGGAUCUGUACUCCGUGAUCAAAGGGGGUGUCCCAGAGACCACAGAGGUGCUGACCGAGAGGUUCGAUCACAUCAUGUACACCGGGAGCACAGCUGUCGGGAAGAUUGUCAUGGCCGCUGCCGCCAAGCACCUGACCCCUGUCACCCUGGAGCUUGGAGGAAAGAACCCUUGCUACGUGGACAAGAGCUGUGAUCUAGAUGUAGCCUGCCGGCGUAUUGCCUGGGGGAAAUUUAUGAACAGCGGCCAGACCUGUGUGGCCCCAGACUACAUCCUCUGUGACCCCUCCAUUCAGAACCAAAUUGUGGAGAAGCUGAAAAAGUCACUGAAAGACUUCUAUGGGGAAAAUGCUAAGCAGUCCCGUGAUUAUGGGAGAAUCAUCAAUGACCGUCACUUCCAGCGGGUCGUAGACCUGAUUGAGGGCCGGAAAGUAGCCCAUGGAGGCACCUGGGACGCAGCGUCACGAUACAUAGCUCCCACCAUCCUGGUGGACGUGGACCCCCAGUCCCGGGUGAUGCAGGAAGAGAUCUUUGGACCAGUGAUGCCCAUCGUGUGUGUCCGGAACUUGGAGGAGGCCAUUAAGUUUAUCAACCAGCGCGAGAAGCCCCUGGCGCUCUAUGUGUUCUCCAACAACGACAAGGUGAUCAAGAAAAUGAUCACAGAGACAUCGAGUGGUGGAGUGACAGCCAAUGAUGUCAUCGUCCACAUCACUGUGUCCACUUUGCCUUUUGGGGGCGUGGGGAACAGUGGCAUGGGGGCCUACCAUGGCAAGAAAAGCUUUGAGACCUUCUCCCACCGCCGUUCUUGCCUGCUGAGGUCUCUGCAGAAUGAAGAUGCUCACAAGGCCAGGUACCCCCCAAGCCCAGACAAGAUGCCCCUGCACUGAGCGCAGCACACUGCCUCACUGUUGCUGGCUGCCCCGUCGUCGGAGAACUGCCAUUGGAGCCUCACCCUAGCUUCUCACCCACCUGCUGCCCCGUGCAUGUGCUCAACUCCUAGCUGGCUUUCACCUCACCCCUCCAAAUCCUGCUGUUUGCUGGGCACAGAGAUCAAUAAAACCUUCUGAA